AUGUCUUCUUCAGUGGUAGACUUUCACUCCUUGUCGCGCGAGGAACUUUGCCGUCUUUUUUCUCAGUGUUGCUCCUCGACCGAGUUCGCGUCUCGACUCGCCGACUGCUGUUGUGCGUCGUCGAAUUCGUCGUCGUCGAAUUCUCACGUCAAAGCGAAACAGAUUAUGCAAAAAUCUAUGCCGGCGUUGGUGCACGCGGCGCGAGAAAUAUGGUACGACUUGAACCCUUCGAGAGAUUGGGAAGAAGCGUUUCGAGGGCAUCCGAGAAUCGGGGACGAUCCGGUGAAGUUGAAGGAGAAGUUUCCAUCCUCGAGUGGGGAUUGGGCCAUGGGAGAACAAUCGAACGCGAUGGCGACGGCGACGGAAGAGACGUUGCGAGAGUUGGGGGAGAUGAAUGUGAAAUACGAACAAAAAUUUGGACGGAUUUUUAUCAUAUGCGCGACGGGAGUGUCGGCGGAGUUUGUGUUGGCGAACGUGAAGGAUAGGAUGGAGAACAGUCCAUGGGCGGAGAUGAUGGUCGCGGCGAGAGAGCAGAUGAAGAUUACGGAGCUGAGGUUGAAGAAGCUAAACUUGAGCUUCGGCGACGGGAACGGAAAAGCGUCGUCUUCGAUGAAGAAGAGGGUGAAGGUAUUGAACGAACAAACGAUAAUUAGCAGUAGCGCUGCGAAUAGCGAGAAGAAAAAAUCGCCAAUCACGACGCACGUGUUGGAUACGGCGUUGGGGAAACCGGCGGAAGGUAUUAAAGUUACUCUGAAUAACCGGAGUUCGGCGGCGCCUUGGAUUUCGAAGGAAGGGUACACCGACGCGGACGGGAGGGUGACAGAUUUAAUGGGAGGGGAUGAUACGUUGUUCGCUGGAGAUUACGAGCUUGUUUUUCACGUGCAAGAGUACGUGCGAAUGACGACUGGGCAGAAGAGUUUCUAUCCGGAGUGUCCUAUACGAUUUACGGUGUUUUCGGGAAGAACGAAAGAGCAUUAUCACGUUCCUUUACUUUUGAAUCCGUUUGGGUACGGAACCUACCGCGGCUCUUAA